GUACAAUGAAACGUCUUUGCAGGUACAGUAGCAUACAUCCGCGGGUUGCGUACUCGUGUGUAUACUGAAUGCUGUAAACCUAAUUAGCCCUUAUACUGCUCCCCGCCGUUGCCAUUUCUUUUAUCGUCCACUGCCGUUCUAGGGAGUUGGUCUCAGCGUCCUGUGUAGCUUUCUUCUUUGCUGUUCUUUGUCAAGUCCGUCCACCUUGUCAAUGCGACCAUUGUCCAGCACAAUGAUGUCUGUCACUACUUCAGAGACGGUCGGCUUGGCUAUUUGCUCCGCCGUGGCUGCUCUCGUCUUGGCCAAAGCAUGGAGACUCUAUGACUUCUUCUUCUGUCCUCCGAAGCAACCGCUUCAUAGGUACAAGAUCCUCGGGGCGUUGCCAACCGAGGAAAGCACUGACCCUUCGACUGAAUACAAUGCCUGGGCACUCAUCACGGGUAGCAGCGCCGGCAUAGGCUUUGGAUACGCACACUAUCUCCUCUCUUGUGGCUUCGGCGUCGUCAUACUCGCGCACGAGAACAUCCCCGCCGCGCUUGAGCAGCUGCGCACGCUGCAUCCAGAUAUGGCGAAAAAGGACCGCAUCAAAGGAUUCACAAUGGACUGCACAACUGCCAGCCCGACAGACAUCAAGAACUUGAUCAGCCAAGUGAGCCACCUACCAAUCACGAUACUCAUUAACAACGUAGGCAGCAUCCCCAUCUCGUACCCGCAUAUGCGACCUUUUUGGGACUAUGACGCCGAGGGAAUCGACGCAUGCAUCAACCUCAACGCGCGCUUCAUGACGCACAUGACAUGCCUCAUGAUCCCCGUCCUGCGCAGAAACGUCGAGCCGUCAGGCGGCCGCGCGCUCAUCCUCAACGUGUCAUCGCAGGCACACCUGGGCAUGCCGCUGCUGAGCAUGUACAGCGCCAGCAAGGGUCACGUGACGGCACUAUCGGCGACGCUGGCGCGCGAGUUCCGGGUUUUCGGCGAGCCCAUAGACUGCCUCUGCAUUGUUCCAAACGAGGUGCUGAGCCAGGGCAACUCGGUCGCGCCACCGGGGAGCGUGGUGGAUGUUGACUAUGCGCGCAUGUGUCUGGAGCGGGUGGAAAAUGCGGUGGACAGCGGUAUGACGGCUGUGAUGCCGUAUUGGAAACAUUAUCUGCAGGCGGUGGCGGCGGGAUUGAUCGGGGAGGCGAGAUUUACGACCGAAGUGAUGAAAGCCAUGGAAGCGAAGAGAGAUGCGCUUGCUAAAGUUUGGGGUUCGGGAGGGCCCAAGGGGAAUACGUAACUUUUGAGGAGAAGACUGGCAGUUAUGAUUGUAGAUUUGGAUUGCUACAAUAACAGGUACAGAUUUGUCGAUUACACAUCAUAUCGGUUUGCGAAAGGUUGUUUUAGGUGCCUAUGGUAUGUCAGUUAGGUACCUAGGCACUAGGUACGUAUAGCUCUGAUUCAAAGCGCGAUAAUGGCAACGUGGCCUCUUAAGGCUAGACUAGUCUAGGAAAAAAAGUGAGAGUACCGUAAAUCUG